CAGAGACGCCUCGUCUGAGGGGACGCGAGGAUCGGCCUCGCCGCCGUUUCGUCCGGUGCUCGGGGCCCUGACAAGCUGCCUGAGGGGAGGCUCUUCUGAGCCGGACCUGGACCCUUACGAUUGCCGCCUGCUGCUCCUGCCUCCGGGUUUACGAGGGGGUUCCCGCCUUGCACCUCCCACCUCUGGACGUGCCUCCCCUUCUCUCCUCGCGUGUGGAGGGAGCCAGCGCUUAGGCCGGAGCGAGCCUGGGGGCGGCCGGCCGUGAAGGCUUCGCGGGGACCGAUUCGCCAUGGAGGGCGCCGGCGGCGCGAACGACAAGAAAAAGAUAAGUUCUGAACGUCGAAAAGAAAAGUCUAGAGAUGCAGCGAGAUCUCGGCGAAGUAAAGAAUCUGAAGUUUUCUAUGAACUUGCUCAUCAGUUGCCACUUCCCCAUAAUGUGAGCUCGCAUCUCGAUAAGGCUUCUGUUAUGAGGCUCACCAUCAGCUAUUUGCGUGUGAGGAAACUUCUGGAUGCUGGUGAUUUAGAUAUUGAAGAUGAAAUGAAGGCACAGAUGAAUUGCUUUUAUUUGAAAGCCUUGGAUGGUUUUGUUAUGGUUCUCACAGAUGAUGGUGACAUGAUCUACAUUUCUGAUAAUGUGAACAAGUACAUGGGAUUAACUCAGUUUGAACUAACUGGACACAGUGUGUUUGAUUUUACUCAUCCAUGUGACCAUGAAGAAAUGAGAGAGAUGCUUACACAUAGAAAUGGCCUUGUGAAGAAGGGUAAAGAGCAGAAUACACAGCGAAGCUUUUUUCUCAGAAUGAAGUGUACCCUAACUAGCCGAGGGAGAACCAUGAACAUAAAGUCAGCAACGUGGAAAGUACUUCACUGCACAGGCCAUAUUCAUGUCUACGAUACCAAUAGUAACCAAUCUCAGUGUGGGUAUAAGAAACCACCCAUGACGUGCUUGGUGCUGAUUUGUGAACCCAUUCCUCAUCCAUCAAAUAUUGAAAUUCCUUUAGAUAGCAAGACUUUUCUGAGUCGUCAUAGUCUGGAUAUGAAAUUUUCUUAUUGUGAUGAAAGAAUUACUGAAUUGAUGGGAUACGAGCCAGAGGAACUUUUGGGCCGCUCGAUAUAUGAAUAUUACCACGCUUUGGACUCUGACCAUCUGACCAAAACUCAUCAUGACAUGUUUACUAAAGGUCAAGUCACCACAGGACAGUACAGGAUGCUUGCCAAAAGAGGUGGAUAUGUCUGGGUUGAAACUCAAGCGACCGUCAUAUAUAACACUAAGAACUCUCAACCACAGUGCAUUGUAUGUGUAAAUUACGUUGUGAGUGGUAUUAUUCAGCACGACUUGAUUUUCUCCCUUCAACAAACAGAAUGUGUCCUCAAACCAGUUGAAUCUUCAGAUAUGAAAAUGACUCAGCUGUUCACCAAAGUUGAAUCAGAAGACACAAGUAGUCUGUUUGAUAAACUUAAGAAGGAACCUGAUGCUUUAACUUUGCUGGCACCAGCUGCUGGAGACACAAUCAUAUCUUUAGAUUUCGGCAGCAAUGACACAGAAACUGAUGACCAGCAACUUGAGGAAGUUCCAUUGUAUAAUGAUGUAAUGCUUCCCUCAUCCAAUGAAAAAUUACAGAACAUAAAUUUGGCAAUGUCUCCAUUACCUGCUUCUGAAACUCCAAAGCCACUUCGAAGUAGUGCUGACCCUGCACUCAAUCAAGAAGUUGUACUAAAAUUAGAGCCAAAUCCAGAAUCACUGGAACUUUCUUUUACUAUGCCCCAGAUUCAAGAUCAGCCAGCUAGUCCUUCUGAUGGAAGCACUAGACAGAGUUCACCUGAGCCUACCAGUCCCAGUGAAUAUUGUUUUGAUGUGGAUAGUGAUAUGGUCAAUGAAUUUAAGCUGGAAUUGGUAGAGAAACUUUUUGCUGAAGACACAGAAGCCAAGAAUCCAUUUUCCACCCAGGACACUGAUUUAGACUUGGAGAUGUUAGCUCCUUACAUCCCAAUGGAUGAUGACUUCCAGUUACGGUCCUUUGAUCAGUUGUCGCCACUGGAAAGCAGUUCUACAAGCCCUCAAAGCGUGGGCACAAUUACAGUAUUCCAGCCGGCUCAAAUGCAGGAGGAACCUCCUGUUACCACUACCAGUACCACUGCCACCACUGAUGAAUUAAAAACAGUGACAAAAGAUGGUAUAGAAGACAUUAAAAUACUGAUUGCAUCUCCAUCUCCUACCCAUGUACCCAAAGUAACUACUGGUGCCACAACAUCACUGUAUGGUGAUACUGGAAGUCGGACAGCCUCACCAAACAGAGCAGGAAAAGGAGUCAUAGAACAGACAGAAAAAUCUCAUCCAAGAAGCCCUAAUGUGUUGUCUGUCACUUUGAGUCAAAGAACUACCAUUCCUGAAGAAGAACUAAAUCCAAAGAUACUAGCUUUGCAGAAUGCUCAGAGAAAGCGAAAAAUAGAACAUGACGGUUCACUUUUUCAAGCAGUAGGAAUUGGAACAUUAUUACAGCAGCCAGAUGAUCGUGCAACUACUACAUCACUUUCUUGGAAACGCGUAAAAGGAUGCAAAUCUAGUGAGCAGAAUGGAAUGGAGCAAAAGACAAUUAUUUUAAUACCCUCUGAUUUAGCGUGUAGACUGCUGGGGCAAUCAAUGGAUGAGAGUGGAUUACCACAACUGACCAGUUAUGAUUGUGAAGUUAAUGCUCCUGUACAAGGCAGCAGAAACCUACUGCAGGGUGAAGAAUUACUCAGAGCUUUGGAUCAAGUUAACUGA